AUGGAAUCUUUAUUGAUAAAAAACAAAAAUAUUUUCAUUGCUGAUUCUGGCAAUCAUCGUAUUGUUGAAUGGAAAUAUAAUGCAGAAGAAGGACAAAUCAUUGCAGGUGGAAAUGGACAAGGAAAUCAAACGAAUCAAUUGAAUUAUUCAUCAGCUGUGAUUGUUGAUCAACAGAAUCAUUCGAUCAUCAUUGCUGAUCGUUGGAACAGACGAGUAAUCCAAUUGUUGAAUCAAACACAGCACAUUCUCAUUGAGAAUAUUGACUGUUAUGGUUUGACAAUGGAUAAAAAUGGAUUUCUUUAUGUUUCUGACUGGAUUAAGGGUGAAGUGAGACGAUGGAAAAUGGGAGAAUAUAACAAUGAAGGAAUUAUAGUGGCAGGUGGAAAUGGAAGAGGGAAUCAACUCAAUCAAUUAAAUGAUCCUACUUUUAUCUUUGUUGAUGAAGAUCAAUCUGUUUAUGUAUCAGAUAGGAACAACCAUCGUGUGAUGAAAUGGAAAAAAGAUGCAACAGAAGGAAUAGUUGUGGCUGGAGGAAAUGGUGAAGGAGGAAAUCUGAAUCAAUUGUCUUUUCCUACAGGAGUAGUUGUUGAUGAUUUAGGUCAAAUCUAUGUGACGGACAAUGGGAAUCAUCGAGUGAUGCGUUGGUGUGAAGGAAAAGAAGAGGGUGAAAUUGUUGUUGGUGGAAAUGGUCAAGGAAAUCAAUCAAAUCAAUUCAAUAAUCCUGGUAGUUUAUCUUUUGAUGAUGAAGGAAACCUUUAUGUCGCUGAUAUUUUUACUUAUCGAAUUCAAAAAUUUGAAGUAAUUUUGUGA